UUACUAGUCCGCAGUCCAGCUAUCGAAUAUUGACUGCAUUUCUCACAAUUCAGCGAGAGAAGUUCGUUGCAGUUUCGACGUUCCCAAGGAUAACUGAAGAAGGGCACAUGGCCGCGGGCACCAAGAGACACCCAUCGAUAUUGACUUUCGCGCGGUAUUCCAUGAGUUCGGUCGGUUUCUGGAAGUACCCCAACCAAAAGUAUCCCCUGAAACUCUUCUAUCAUUUCUAUUCCGCUUUCUUUAUAUUCUAUUACGUAACAUACACCGUUUCCGCUUGCACCCAAUUCACCAUUACUCUAACUGCCGCGUCAGCCUUCGACUCGGCGAUGAUCAAGCAACUGUCCUUCGUCAUCACUAUCCUAAUAAGUUUCUACGUUAUUAUGGUGUGCCACAGCAAGACUUUUAACAAGAACAUCUCGCACAUCGUCCGUGAAGAAAGAAGCAUGCUGCAAAGCGACGACGCCGACGUUAUAAAAUUCCACCUUCAACAGAUCCGUAACUGCAACGCCAUGAACGCGAUCGUCUCGAUAUUGGCAUUCGGUACUGGAUUCGCCAUGGCUUUGGAAAAUUAUCUGAUCAACGUGAAAGUGGCACGCUACAACAAAGACCACAACACCACCUUAGAGCGUCCGCUGCUCAUCGAUCUCUACUAUUUUAAAAUAGACAAACACAAACGCUGCGAUUUGCUGUUGGUCUUUGCCGAAAUGAGCUUUGCUUUUAAUACUCUAAUUAUGCUGUCUCCCAAACUCAGCAUUUACGCCUGCGUAAUAUUCACCUCGUCCCUGUUGAAGCAACUGCAGAUCAGAUUCAGUAAAUUAGGUCUGGGUCGGGAGGACACGCUGACAUCUUUGAAACACCUCGUGAGGGAACAUCAGAAAAUUAUUGCAUUUGUGAUCCAGCUAAACGCUUCUAUGAAAUUUCUGAUAUUGCUGGAGUAUCUUCUAAAUUCGCUGAAUGUGGCCGCAGUCUCCGUUCAGUUCAUCACGUACGAGAAGAAGAUGUUACUCAUGCCCUGCUUUUACAUCUUCUUUCUGCUGGUUCAAGUUUUCACCAUGGGGAUAAGCGCCAACGAAAUCAAAGCUCAAAGUCUUGCUCUAUCGGACGCCAUAUACUCUAGUCCGUGGCAGGAGCAAAACGAAUCUGUCAAGAAAAUAUUAUUGAUUGUGAUUGGGAGAACUCAGAGACCUUUGAUGUUAACUAUAGGCCCAUUCGGUCCGAUGGUUAUAGAUUCGGCACUAGCUAUCUGCAAGGCGUCAUAUUCAUACGUCACGCUGAUGAUGCACAACGUCCAGUAGAUAUAUGCAACUGAGUUUGGUAAAAUUUGAUUCAAUAAUACAAAUUCAGUCCUAAUAAACUAGUUAGUUUAGUUACAUUUCAAUCCAAUUAACGGCCUCAAUUAUUCGAAACUUCAACUUGUGGAACUAUUAACAAACAAACAAGAUUCAUCGUUGAUAUUGCCAUCAGUUAAAUAUGAGUCCUUUUGGAUUCUUGCAAUGUUUUUCUUCAACGUUUAUUACAAGAACACGUGAUUAUAAUAGUCCUUACGGAUAAUUGGAAACUGAAAUCAUUUAAUGCUGUAAUUGGUAGCUUUUGCCCUAGUGUGCUAUAAUUAAUACCAUUUGGCAGUUUGAAUCUUAUUCUGUCAGGAUCAUCGACCUCAAUAAUAAUUUGUAUCUUCUCAUUUCGAAAAAUCCGAACUUGUGUGUUGUUAGGUUGCUCAAAAAUGACUGAGUUAUUUUAGAUCAUUUCUUGUUCCAUUGGUCGAAAAAUAGGUAUCACCCAAACCGUCGUAAAUGAUUUGAUUCGGCAUAAAACAUAAUGAACUAAAUUUUUAUUUUUAUAAGUUGUUUCUGUUAAAAUGGUCUUUACUUUUUUUUAUUUUUCUAAUCAUCACUUUUUAUAUAAAUUGAGAUAAAACAAAGCUUAAAGCAAAGUUUAAAAAGAACACCCUAUAUUUUAUUGCAUUUUUGGAUAGUCUUUUCAAGGACAAAUUCAACGAUAUAUAUGAAUCCAUAUUCAUGUCUGUGAUAAACAUUGUUGGGUUACUUAUGAACAUUUAACUUUUUUCCAUAUAAUACUUUCACAAAAAUAAUGCUUUAGGCAAUGAUCAAAUUUAAAAUAUUCUCUAAAAAUACGCGGUGUCGCUACGUUUCGCAAAAUGAUGCCUUUCUCGAUUUUCUUAAAUGAGACACACUGUAUAUCAUUGGAUUGUCGAAUAGCCUGUUCACCGUACUGCUCGUAUAAAUACACAUAACAUACAUAAAACAUAACACAUAAAAGUGAGGUGCUUUAUUGUUUGUUAACAUAAUAACAAAGACCUGUUUAAUUAACUGUGAUGUAUUAGCGUAUUAAUUAGAGUAAUAACAUGUUUGUUCUGUGCUUAUAAAUUUAAAUUGGACGUGAAUUGUUUUUUUUUUCCUUUCUGUUCUGAAAAGUUUCUGUAAUUUUAUGUGUAAAGGAAGGCAAAUCAGUAUUAUAGCUACACGGUGUUGCGAAAUAUUUAUAUAAAAAAUGUUGUUCUUUCCUUAAUUUCACAAAUAAAAUGGGACUUGGUAAGCAAAAACUUGAAGAAAAUAUAAUAAAUGCAGGCUUUCAAAACUCGCUUUUUCGAGAUAUAUGCCCCUACCAAUAGGUUUAUUACCUACUCGUUGAAAAUGAACACGAAUUCCACUGCGAUAUAUAGUUAUCUCUUACUUUCACGAACAAACUUCAGAAAACGAAUGUUCAGAACUCCCCCUCUCCCGUGAAAAAUGUAACAGCGACAAAUUAUAUCCUC